AUGUCAGCGGCGUCAGAGAGAGGGUCAAACAUCUGUGACCACGAGCGUGUGAAACUGACUCAGGUCUGUGAAAUACAGACUGCAGAUGAAACUGACUUUGAUGUUGUUGUUUUGCAAGAUUAAAGCCAGGAUGUGUGCAGACAGAAGUUAUGAUUUUACAUGAAUUAAGUAUUUCAUAAUGUCACUUUUUCAAACUUUAUUUUUCUUGUGUUCUUGAGUUAUUUUUUUAAACAUUAAAAGGUCGUUUGUGUUUUCCAAGCAGAGAGAGAAACAAGAUUUCAGCCUCUGAGAAAGUGACUCAGGAGAGUUUUAUCAUGAACACUAGAUGGUGACAGACUGCAAAAAACAAGAGAUGUCUGUGGUGAACAAACACGGAGAAAACACACACACACACACACACACACACAUCAAAAUGUUUAAUUAGCAGCUCGAUGGAUGGAUGGAUGGAUGGAUGGAUGGAUGGAUAGAUUUUCUCAGUCAUUUUAAAUGGUCAUUACAGUAAAGCUUAAAUGAGGGACCUUAAGUUUGUGUCAGUUGUGGCGCCCCCCUGUGGACAAGUCAGUCUUUGCUUAACUGUGUACAUCCUUGAGUGGUGACCUCUAGCAAAAAAAGUCUCAUUAUGUUGAGAUUUUACAGUCAAAUUUAUUAAUAUUUCUGAGUAUUUAAUGUGGAAACUGUAAAAAAAAAGACUUCUACCCUCUCAAGUUAGUUUCCAGCAAUAAAAAUGAGGUUUUUAUAAACUUUCCCUUUCGUUGCUGAUGGCAUUGUUUGCUUUUAGAUAUCAUGAAAAAGCACCAGUGUUAGAUAAAUGUCCAAAACAUUCUCACAUGUCUCUGUUUUUGGUGCUUUUAACACGUUUGAAACAAAUUUAAACCAAUCUCUUAAAAGGUGUACAUAUAAUAAAGUUUAUCUACAUAGAAAUGUUACAAACUAGAUCACUUAUUUGUUUUAAAACAUGUUAUAUAUACUUUUUCUUAUGAUAGAAGGCUUGUCAAUUUAAAUACCACCAUGAGAAAUGAUUAUAAACUGCUUUUAUAACAAUCUUCCACGUGUAUCUGUUUGGAUAAACACAGUAUAGCUUUAAUAUUCCUCUUUUCAUUUGUUUAUUACACUCCUGUACUUCUUUUGGGAUGAUUAGCAUUCUUAAUAUCUCUGUAUUUUUAAACCUUGCCUGUUGCAUUUCAUUUCCAACUUUUUGAGAUUCAGUUUCUAGAACUAAAGGAUGUGAUUUGUUUACAGAGGUUUGCAAAAUGUUGUGACCCAAACACAGACAGGAGGACACAACGGCACGAUACCAAUUCAGUUUGUGAAACAGGGUUUAAUGGAGAUCAGGCAAAGGUAAAACACAGGUUAACAAUAAACGAGACACACAGGGUUAAAUAUAAGAGGUAACGAGGGUGAUGGGAAACAGGUGAGGAGACACAAUCAGGCAGCAGGUGUGACGAGACGUCGGAGCAGACAGGAACAAAUCCAGAAGACAGAAACAAGAGAUAGAGAACUACAAAAUAAAACAGGAAAGACAUGAAACAAAACAAACAAAAAAACAAAACAACGCAGAUUUUUAUAAAUGUUAGAAUUUAUAUUUAUUCAAUCAGUGCAAUAGGACACUAAUACACCUCAACAGAACCAAAAAAGCAAAAUAAAAGUGGAUUAGACAAGGAUAAAAGGAUACAAGGGAGGAAAGGAGACAAAAGAAUAAGAAAAGAGUGGAGAAAAACGUUAAAUUCAUUUUAAAAAUUAUAUCAAGGAGGAAGAAAGGUUGGAAAAAGGGAGGGGGAGAGACUCAUUAAACAAGAAAAGGAGUGAAAAGUGGGGAGGAGAGUGAGAGGACAAAGAACAGAGAGGAAAAGGAUGAAGGGAUGUGGAGGUAAGUGAAAGAGAGAGAGACUGAAAAAAGAGAAAAAAUCAGUGAAGAAGAGAGAGAAAGGGAGGAAAAGAGAUGAAAAAGGAGAGGAGGAGGAGGAAGAGAAAAGGGCAGAGAAAGAGAGAGAGGCGAGAGAGAGAGAGAGAGAGAGAGCAUCUGUUUCCUGUCUGGAGUCCAGCUGGAGGAGGAACAAACGACAAAAGAAGAAGAGGAGGAGGAGGAGGAGGAAGUACCGGCCAGCCUGAGAACCUGUGUGACACACACACACACACACACACACACACACACACACACACACACACACACACACACACACACACACACACACACACACACACUUCCUCAGGGAAAAAACGAAUCUGACUUCCUCCUCUCUGAGUGGAUGUGAGUGUUUUCAUGUACCAACACUCUGAUCUGAUCAAACAUCGUUGUUUUUUUCUCACGUAUGAAACUCAGAUUUACAUAACAGACUCGAAUUUAUUCUUAGAGUCAGAAAGAAACAAAAAGACUUAAAGAAAAAAACAAGAAAUUAGAAAAAAACAAAAUUGUCUUUUAUUAAUUUAAUCAUUUUAGAGACAAAAGUUAUCAUGGAGGGUCUGCGAGGGCCUGAAUGUUCAUUCAACAGAAAUGCAAAACGUAGUUGCAAAAGACGACGCCACCUUUGAGUAUGUGCUGAAAACCAAAGGUAGAUGAUGGUCUGAUCAGAACGUCCCACUGAUGGAUGCUGAGAGCCUCCAAAGACCUAAAUCUACCACUCUCAAGACGGGAAUGGACAGACUUUUAGAUUCACAGUCAUUAAGACACAAUAAAUAAGUGAAUGUAAGUCGAUUUUUCCUUAACUGCAUCCAUGAGAGCACAUGUGUUUGUGUCUGUGUAUGAUCUGGAAGAAAAGGGGAGGAGGUGGGGAGUGAAGGGGGGAGAGGAUUUCCUGAUUUGUUUGUUCCUCACACACUUUUCUUCCUGGUCCAGUCCAGAUUUAGACUUCCUGUCCGGAGCUAUUCUCAGAGUGAGCUGAUACACACACACACACACACACACACACACACACACACACACACACACACACACACACAAUAAUACACAUGUGCGUUCAUAUAUACUCUCAUGUUUUACACAUGCAUGUUCAUAAAUGCAGCCUGUCAGUGCGUUUGCACGUGUGUGAGCGUGGAAAUGUUAAAGUAUAAAUAUUUAUAUAUGAUGGGUUUUAAGCAUCAUAUUUCUCUGAGUAUGUUACUAACCUGAAAAAAAAACUGAAGUAUAAAGUAAAAAAACUAAAUUUCAUUAUAAAAAAGUUUAAUUUUUUUAACACCCAUCAAAUAAAAUCUUAUUUUCUUUAGAUUGAAUAAAACAUGCUUAUAAAAAAAUCAUCAAUAACUGUAAAUCAAAAAUAAUAUCUGCCCGAGGACUGAUCCUUGGGGUACACCACGUUUGAUACUCAAACUGUUAACUGUCUUUUAGGUAACCGUGGUAACCUACUUCUUCAUUUGGGCUGAGAAACACAUGAAGACGUCCAUCUUUCUGAGUCUCUUUCAUGUCACAGAGACAGGAGGAGGAGGAGGAGGAGGGAAACAGGUGCCUCAUGACAAAAAAUAUUUCUGCUAAAAUAAACACAAACCAGUUUUUCUCACAGCCUUGAAAAUCAAGGAGACCAAUCCUUGACAUUGUGUGUGACUGUUUCCUGUUUACCCCCCCAGAAACACACAGACCUCUCCUCCCUCAGGUCCUCAUACGCUGUGGUGGUCACUCUCUCCCUUAUAGUCACGUUCUCCAUUAAAGUCGAUCCAUAA